AUUGCGACAUAUCAAUUCUAUGUAUAAAAAGUAAAUAUAUAAACGCUUACAUGCAUCCUCAUAGUCAUUGUAUAUUCAGCUACUUUGAAUACGCACCAAGCAUCAUGUCUACCUUCGCUUUCCUCCUCCUCUGCGUCCAAGCUUGCUUGGUUCAGAAUGUAUACAGCCAGUACAUCGGUGGUCCUCUUGGAUGUGGAUGUGAAGCAGGUGUGGCUGGACCCUUUGGCUACGGCCGAGGCUUUGGUAUCAAUGGUUUCGGCUAUGAAGCCGGUCCCAUUGGUCCCGCUGGUUACGGAGUGGGCCUUGCUGCCCCAUGCGGUGCUGCCUACGGAGGUGCCGGUGUCGGUGAUGUAGCUGUAGCUGGUGAGAUGGCCGUCGCUGGUAACACCCUGGUCGCUGGUCAAGUGCCGAUCCUCGGUGCCGUCGAGUUCGGAGGCAUCGUGCCAGCUGCUGGAGCUGUCUCCAUCGCCGGUAGCUGUGGUUGCGGCUGCAAUGGUGGCUAUAUCUACUGAGUACAAAAUUGAUUAACAAAAACAUGAUUAACGGAAAAAAAUGUUUUCUGAGCGCAAUUAAACAAUGUCAUUGGCA